AUGGCUCGGGGAGUUGGUAGCGUGCACCUUCGCCUCAAAAAGCGCAACCCGACAGAUGACAACCACAACACGCUCGCUGCGGGGGAGGUGGAAAAGGAUCUCGGUAUAGAAGAGAUCUUGGAAGCCUCCCUCAAUAUACAGGAAGUGGAGAAGGGUGACUUGGAGGUAGUAUCCAACCCCGAGAAGGUACUGAGGCCAGAUGCUGAAAACGAUCUGACAGUGGUGGCGCUGGAGGGCUGCAAGGAUGAGACGCUACUCUUUGGGUCCUGCUAUAUGCCACAUGAUGGAGAAGCACCACAGACGGAACUUCGGAAGCUGGUAGAAACAGCUGCCAGAAAGAAGCACGCUCUGGUGGUAGGAACGGACGCAAACGCACAUCACACGGUCUGGGGAAGUGCAGAUAUAAACGACCGAGGUGAGUCACUAUUUACCUAUAUUCUUCAAAGUAGCCUAGAAAUAGCUAAUAGAGGUGAAGAACCAACAUAUGUGGGACCAACCUCGAAGAAUGUACUCGAUUUAACACUCUACACAAGCAGGCAUGUUAUGGUUCAGGAAUGGGAAGUGUUGAGUAGGCCCUCAUUCUCUGAUCACAGAUACAUAAGCUUUCAGGUCAUA